GGGGGCGCGGGCCGGCGCGCGGGGGAGCCCGGCCGAGGGAUGGGCUGCGCCCCCAGCAUCCACGUCUCGCAGAGCGGCGUGAUCUACUGCCGGGACUCGGACGAGUCCAGCUCGCCCCGCCAGACCACCGGCGUGUCGCAGGGCCCCGCGGCCCCCCUGCACGGCCUCUUCGUCCAGACCGACGCCGCCGACGCCAUCCCCCAGAGCCGCGCGUCCGGGUCCCCAGGCGCCGCCCGCGCCCGCAGGGCCCGCGGGGAGCUGGGCAGCGGCAGCAGCACGGGCUCCGCGGGCCCCGCGGCGACCACCUGCAGGGGCCGGAGGCGCCACUGCUGCAGCAGCGCGGAGGCCGAGACCCAGACCAGCUACACCAGCGUCAAGCAGGUUUCUUCUGCGGAGGUACGCAUCGGGCCCAUGAGAUUGACACAGGAUCCUAUCCAGGUUUUGCUCAUCUUUGCAAAGGAAGAUAGUCAGAGUGAUGGAUUCUGGUGGGCCUGUGACAGAGCCGGUUACAGCUGCAAUAUUGCUCGGACUCCAGAGUCAGCCCUGGAAUGCUUUCUAGAUAAACAUCAUGAGAUUAUUGUAAUCGAUCACAGACAGACUCGAAACUUCGAUGCAGAAGCAGUGUGCAGGUCAAUCCGGGCCACGAACCCCUCGGAGCACGCAGUGAUCCUCGCCGUGGUCUCACAAACAUCCAGCAACUAUGAAGAGGCCUCUGUGCUCCCCCUUCUGCACGCGGGCUUCAACAGGAGAUUUAUGGAGAACAGCAGCAUAAUUGCUUGCUACAAUGAACUGAUUCAAAUAGAACAUGGGGAAGUUCUCUCACAGUUCAAAUUAAGGGCCUGUAAUUCAGUGUUUACAGCAUUAGACCACUGUCACGAAGCCAUAGAGAUCACAAGCGAUGACCACGUGAUCCAGUAUGUCAACCCAGCCUUCGAAAGGAUGAUGGGCUACCACAAAGGUGAACUGCUGGGGAAAGAACUCGCCGAGCUGCCCAAAAGCGACAAAAACCGGGCGGACCUGCUCGACACCAUUAACACCUGCAUCAAGAAGGGCAAGGAGUGGCAGGGGGUCUACUACGCGAGACGGAAAUCCGGCGACAGCAUCCAGCAGCACGUGAAGAUCACGCCAGUGAUCGGCCAAGGAGGGAAAAUCAGGCAUUUCGUCUCCCUCAAGAAACUGUGUUGUACCACUGACAAAAACAAGCAGAUUCUCAAGAUUCAUCGUGAUUCAGGAGACAAUUCUCAGACAGAGUCUCAUUCAUUCAGAUACAAGAACAGGAGGAAAGAGUCCGUUGAUGUGAAAUCAAUAUCAUCUCGAGGCAGUGAUGCACCAAGUCUGCAGAACCGUCGCUACCCAUCCAUGGCGCGGAUCCACUCCAUGACCAUCGAGGCGCCCAUCACGAAGGUUAUAAAUAUAAUCAAUGCAGCCCAAGAAAACAGUCCUGUCACAGUGGCAGAAGCCUUGGACAGAGUUUUAGAAAUUUUACGAACUACGGAACUGUACUCCCCUCAGCUGGGUACCAAAGAUGAAGAUCCCCACACCAGUGAUCUCGUGGGCGGGCUGAUGACUGAUGGCUUGAGAAGGCUGUCAGGAAACGAGUACGUGUUCACUAAGAACGUGCACCAGAGUCAUAGUCACCUUGCGAUGCCAGUAACCAUCAAUGAUGUCCCCCCUUCCAUCGCCCAAUUACUUGAUAAUGAGGAAAGCUGGGAGUUCAACAUCUUUGAACUGGAAGCUGUGACACACAAAAGGCCAUUGGUUUACCUGGGCUUGAAAGUUUUCUCCCGGUUUGGAGUAUGUGAAUUUCUACACUGUUCUGAAACUACUCUUCGGGCCUGGCUCCAGGUGAUUGAAGCCAACUACCACUCUUCCAAUGCUUACCACAACUCCACCCAUGCCGCUGACGUCCUGCACGCCACAGCCUUCUUCCUCGGCAAGGAGAGAGUGAAGGGAAGCCUCGAUCAGCUGGACGAGGUGGCCGCCCUGAUCGCUGCCACAGUCCACGAUGUGGACCACCCGGGAAGGACCAACUCUUUCCUGUGCAACGCGGGCAGUGAGCUUGCUGUGCUGUAUAAUGACACUGCUGUCUUGGAGAGUCACCACACGGCCCUGGCCUUCCAGCUCACGGUCAAGGACAGCAAAUGCAACAUUUUCAAGAAUAUCGACAGGAACCAUUAUCGAACACUGCGCCAAGCUAUUAUUGACAUGGUUUUAGCAACAGAGAUGACAAAACACUUUGAACAUGUGAACAAAUUUGUGAACAGCAUCAACAAGCCAAUGGCAGCUGAGAUUGACGGCAGCGACUGCGAGUGCAGCCCUCCCGGGAAGAACUUCCCUGAGAACCAAACCCUGAUCAAACGCAUGAUGAUCAAGUGUGCGGACGUAGCCAACCCCUGCCGCCCCUUGGACCUGUGCAUUGAAUGGGCUGGCAGGAUCUCUGAGGAGUACUUUGCGCAGACGGAUGAAGAGAAGAGACAGGGGCUGCCCGUAGUGAUGCCAGUGUUUGACCGGAAUACCUGUAGCAUCCCCAAGUCCCAAAUCUCCUUUAUUGACUACUUCAUAACAGACAUGUUUGAUGCUUGGGAUGCCUUUGCACACCUGCCAACGCUGAUGCAACAUUUGGCCGAUAACUACAAACACUGGAAGACGUUAGACGACCUAAAGUGCAAAAGUCUGAGGCUUCCAUCUGACAGUUAAAGCCAGGACAGAGGCGGUGACCUCUGGAUCUGCAAAGGGCACUGUGAAUCACAGUAGUGUAAGAGGCAUUCCUUCAUAAUGAAAAUGACAGAUGUAGGUUAAGGAGCUAAUGUUUAAUGUCUGACCUUGAAUCAUUCAACUUCCCCAAUUUCAUUUUUAGAAAACUAUGUUCUGUGAAGAAAAAUAUUAAUAUAUGUUCUUUUGAACAAUCACUUAGUGACAGAACGAACACAUGGCAAAAUCCACUGCCCUGCUCUAAUCCUGUGUGCUCUCAUCAAACCAUGCAGCUGAUUCACUGUAACUAGCAGGACACAUGCAGCAAAGACUUGGUGCCCACAGGCCCACCAUCUCUGUGGAUGCUGGACCAUGAAGCUUUGCUAGUAUUUAGCUCAUCCUUUACCAUGAAAGUCUCUAUCACUGUUUGGCUUGACUAUUUUCCUCAAGAGCAUCAAUCUAAAAGAUGCCUAAGAAUAUCUAAUUUUUAAAAACCUAUAUAAAAUGAGCAAAACAGCUGGGACCAAACUGCUGAUAAACUAGUUUCAGAGCCUCCAUGGCUAGGUGGUUCUUCUGACUAAUGGUGUGACACUCAAAUCAGAAUAUAGCCUUGGCCUAGUGAGUGCCUUCUUUAGACUGGUAUCAGCAGCCUGCAUAGCCCUCUCCCCCAAAAAAGGGAUUCAUCCUAACAGAAAGCCAUCCAUGAAGGGGAAGGAAGUGACAUCUUGUUUGGGGGUAAUCAAAGAGCUUUAUUUCUGCAGAGGCAGUCACAAGGCACUACAGUGAGUAUUAUAUACAAGCCAUUAAUCUGACUACCCUUGGACAAGCUUGUUUUUUAAAAAAAUUUAUAUACAUUUGCUGUUUAAAAUUUUUUAUUAGAGGAAUCUAAAUUUUCUGGGUUUAAGUCCACGGAGUAUGUUGUGCCAUGUUACCAAGGAGAGAGAGAAAGUUUCAAGGUUCAGAUGUUUUUAACCUAUCUAUAUUUAUGAUCAUGCCAUUUUGCUUUAAUGAUGUAAAAAAAAAAAAAAAAGACUGCAAGAUGUGUAAAUAUAUCAGAAAAUAGGCAUAUGGGGAAGCAGUAAAUACUAUUUUAAGCUAUUAAUUGUAUGCUAAAAGCUUCUAAAGCACAAGUGCAUAUUUUUAUACAGCUCUUUUCACAACCUUCUGUGAUCUACAUCAAGUCAGUCUUGAGAUUUUCCCUUCUCUUUUACCAGCCAACCCUUCUGUGUCUUAUAAAUAUUAGAGAUUUAGCAAACAAGAUCUUUGUUCUUCUUUUAGAUUCUCUACUCCAUGCUGCAUUCCUGAGAGGUAUAGACAGAGAUUAAAUUAACUGAACCAGUAGUUACUUUUUUCCAAAUGAAAAUCUGAAUGCAGCGCACAUGGAACUAGUACCUGGGGAAAAAAAUGACUUAAUCCUACAAAAUGUGCCAAUGCUUUUUUCUAUGUUUUGUACCAAAAAAUGCAAACAUAUAUGACAAUUCCAUGCAAAGAAAGAAAUGUACCUAAAUUAUUUUUGUUAGAUGCUAAGAGAACUUGCUUGGUCAGGGGAGCAGCUAGCUUUGUAUUGUAAUGCUGCAUUAUGUAAAUGUGAUGAAAAUGUUUUUGUGAAGUACUUGUAACUAAAUUCCUACAGCCAUUUUUCAUUCCUAACAGCUGUUUUUAUUUUAACUCUUUGGCCUAAAUUUUUCAUAAUUUCAAAUUUUUGGUUAAGUGUUCUUUAUUUCAUGAGCCACACACUUUGUUUUCAGAACACAUUAAAUUCAGGAUGUCAGAAUCCCA